AUGUCUACUGUAUCCUGUUCAUAUCUAUCUAUCUUCUCUUGUUCAUAUCUAUCUAUCUGUCCGCCUCUCAAUCUAUAUCUAUCUAUCUAUCUAUCUAUCUAUCUAUCUAUCUAUCUAUCUAUCUAUAUCUAUAUCUAUAUAUUAACUUCACCACUGUCCCCUAUUCGCAAUACACCUCCUCGUCAAACACCACCUCCCAAUACCACUGCAGCUGAUGACAUUUCUACUCCCAACAUCCAACUUUCCACCAGCACAAUGCCUAGUAAAUCCCCAAAGCCCAGCACCUCCCAGCAGAGUUGUUCUUCUCUUUUUCUUGAGUGGGAAUCUAUCUACCUAUCUAUCCAUAUUAACUUGUUCAUAUCUAUCUAUCUAUCUAUCUAUCUAUCGUAUCCUCUUCAUAUCUAUCUAUCUAUCUAUCUGUCUUUCUAUCUCAUCCUAUAUCAUGGUCAUAUCUAUUUAUCUAUCUAUCUCAACUUGUUCAUAUCUAUCUAUCUCAUCCUUAUCUAUCUGUCUAUUUGUCUGUCUAUGUAUCUAACCCUGUUCAUAUCUAUCUAUCUAUAUAUAUGUGUGUGUGUGUGUGUAUGUGUUCUCUCUCUCUCUCUCUCUCUCUCUCUCUCUCUCUCUGUGAAUUGUGGCGUAUAUUCUCUCGUCAGUAAUUUUAGCAUCAGAAACUGCUCGGAGUAUCACAACGGACUUGCACUUAAGAAUGAAUCUCUUGAGGUGACAACAAGCGAAGAAAUCACAAGCACUCAGCCAUCAACGAUUCAAACUUCUGCAACCGAAGAAAUCACAAGCCCUCAACUGCCAACAAUUCAAACUUCUGAUACCGAAGAAAUCACAAGCCCUCAACUGUCAACAAUUCAAACUUCUGAUAAAACUGUAACUCAUUCGACUAGUCCAGAAAAUACAACACCAAAACUGUGCUCUUGCAAGUGCCGGAAAAAUUCAACUGAAACCAUGGAAGAUAUCAAAAAACUAAAAGUCAAAAAAAAAGAGCUUUCAAAGUACAAACGUUCAAAGACUAGUGCCCCGGAUGAUCGGACUUCAUCGCGUGUAAUAGGUUCUGUUGCUAUUGUGAUCCUUGUUGUUCCUUUUGGCCUCAUCAUCCUUUCUGAUAUUCCAAUUCUACUUCAAGCACUACAUCAAAUUUUGAAAAGAAAGAAAAUAUCUAAAAAUGGCCAUCGUGCCACUCUUAAAGUAUAA